CGCAGGCAGUGAGCGCUGCUGCCUGCCAGCCAGGUAUGCAGCGCAGAGGAUGGCUGGAGAUCGGACCAGGGGAGCAAGUGACUCCAGACGGGAGGGGGUCCCAGCAAACCUGGCGGCCUUUCCUCUCCCAAGUUAAACUGGGGCAGCGGCGUGGUGGCGGGUGCAGCGGGGACCUGCGCGACGAAGCCCCGAGCCCUGUGCGGGCUACGAGCGACUCCCCUGCGAUGCCUCACAACUCCAUCCGAUCCGGCCACGGAGGGCUGAACCAGCUGGGAGGGGCCUUUGUGAAUGGCAGACCCCUGCCAGAAGUGGUGCGUCAGCGCAUCGUGGACCUGGCCCACCAGGGAGUGAGGCCCUGUGACAUCUCCCGCCAGCUCAGGGUCAGCCAUGGCUGCGUUAGUAAGAUCCUUGGCAGUAGGUACUACGAGACUGGCAGCAUCCGGCCUGGAGUGAUAGGGGGCUCCAAGCCCAAGGUGGCCACCCCCAAAGUGGUGGAGAAGAUUGGUGACUACAAGCGACAAAAUCCCACCAUGUUCGCCUGGGAGAUUCGAGACCGGCUCCUGGCAGAGGGAGUGUGUGACAAUGACACCGUGCCCAGUGUCAGCUCCAUUAACAGAAUUAUCCGGACCAAAGUGCAGCAACCAUUCAACCUCCCCAUGGACAGCUGCGUGGCCACCAAGUCUCUGAGCCCAGGACACACGCUGAUCCCCAGUUCGGCAGUUACACCCCCAGAAUCUCCCCAGUCGGACUCUCUGGGCUCCACCUACUCCAUCAAUGGGCUCCUGGGGAUUGCUCAGCCUGGCAGUGACAGCAAGAGGAAAAUGGAUGACAGUGAUCAAGACAGCUGUCGUCUGAGCAUUGACUCCCAGAGCAGCAGCAGUGGCCCCCGCAAGCACCUUCGCACGGAUGCCUUCAGCCAGCACCACUUGGAGCCACUCGAGUGCCCAUUCGAGCGGCAGCACUACCCAGAGGCUUAUGCCUCCCCCAGCCACACCAAAGGCGAGCAGGGCCUCUACCCACUGCCCUUGCUCAACAGCACCCUGGACGAUGGGAAGGCCACCCUGACCCCUUCUAACACACCACUGGGGCGCAACCUCUCUGCUCACCAGACCUACCCCGUGGUGGCAGAUCCUCAUUCACCCUUCGCCAUAAAGCAGGAAACCCCCGAGGUGUCCAGUUCUAGCUCCACCCCUUCCUCUUUAUCUAGCUCGGCCUUUUUGGAUCUGCAGCAAGUCGGCUCCGGGGUCCCAGCCGGUGCCUCGGUCCCGCCCUUCAAUGCCUUUUCCCAUGCUGCCUCCGUGUACGGGCAGUUCACGGGCCAGGCCCUCCUCUCAGGGCGAGAAAUGGUGGGACCCACGCUGCCUGGAUACCCACCCCACAUCCCCACCAAUGGACAGGGCAGCUAUGCCUCUUCGGCCAUCGCAGGCAUGGUGGCAGGAAGUGAAUACUCUGGCAACGCCUAUGGCCAUACCCCCUACUCCUCCUAUGGUGAGGCCUGGCGCUUCCCCAACUCCAGCUUGCUGAGUUCCCCAUAUUAUUACAGUUCCACAUCGAGGCCGAGCGCACCUCCCACCACUGCUACGGCCUUUGACCAUCUGUAGUUGCCAUGGGGACAGUGGGGGCUCCAAGCCACAGGAGGACUCAGCCUGGGACAGGCCCCAGAGAGUCACACAAAGGAAUCUUUAUUUAUUACAUGAAAAAUAACCACAAGUCCAGCAUUGCGUCGCACUCCCUGUGUGGUUGAUGUGACGGAGCGUGAAAGACAGGAUGACUUUGGAGAAGGCCACUCUGUCCUCCAAGAUUCUGCACGAAGGUGGGAGGCCCCAGGAAGGAGCAGCCCCAUUCUCAAUAACACAACACUGGAAGAGAAAUGUGGAGGACAGAGGAACAUCCAAGGAGCUGCCAGGAGAUGGCACAUGGGGCCCCAAAAAGGCCUACGGGCACCCCAGGGCACCUCCCCAAUCAUGACCAGCACUCACUAGCACCCAUGGGCUACGCACUCAGCCCUCCCACAGCCAGAGUGGGAGGGGAGGCACUCCCCUCCACUCUCAGGGCCCCCCCACCAACCCACCUGCCCUGGAGCUGAGGCUCCGAUCGUCCAUCAGCCUGCUUGGCCUUCCUGCACCUCCUUCCUGGCCACAAACUGACCAGAAGCUCCACUCGUGGCUAGCAGACCUUCUCCCUUCUCUUAUGGCUGCUGUGACCAUAGAACAUCCCCAGAUUCUCCUCCUGCAGCUGCCAUCACCAGACCAGCCUAAAGCAGCUUGAAAUGGACAAUCCCAAAGAUUCUUGGCUCUAAGGGUGCAGAGCAAGGCAGACUGCCGGGGACCCACUUCCCUUCCCAACAACCCCCAAAUAUACUGCCUGCAGCCCAAGCCCACAGCAAGCAAAGUGACCCCCCGAGGCAGCCUGGGAGCCAGAAGUGAGGGUUCCCCCUCUGGCCCUGUGGCUCCUGCCCCUCGAGGCCUGACUGUAAAUACUGUAAAUGAAGCUUGUGUGGGUCCAGCGUCCCCCUUUACACCCCAGACUUUGGCCUUUCAGUGAAUUGUCUCCCUCCCAUGUGGGCUCCGCUCCUUGAUGAUGCUUCCUUUUUUAAGAACAGCCAACCCAUCAUUGCCAUGUGACUCAAUAAACCAUUGCUCAUCGUCUCGG